AUGUCCGACACGAUCACGCUCCCUGCGCCCGCCGACUUCCAUGUCCACGUCCGCCAGGGCGCCAUGUGCGAGCUCGUGACGCCACACGUCGCCGCGGGCGGUGUCCGUACCGCCUACGUGAUGCCCAACCUCGUCCCUCCUCUCACCAAGACGGAAGCCGUGCUCGAGUACAAGAAGGAGCUGGAGCGCAUUGCGCCCAACGUGGAGUGGCUGAUGACGCUCUACCUCCACCCCGAGGUAACGCCUGACGAGAUCCGCAAGGCCGCCAAGGCUGGUGUGAGCGGCGUUAAGAGCUACCCGCGCGGUGUGACGACCAACUCGUCCUCCGGCAUCGAGGACUACGGCGUCUACUACCCCGUCUUUGAGGCGAUGGAGGAGGAGGGCAUGGUCCUGAACCUGCACGGCGAGGUUCCCUCGGACGACGAGAAGAACAUCUCGGUUCUCAAUGCCGAGAAGCACUUCCUCGAGCACCUGCGUAAACUUGCCGCCGACUUUCCCAACCUCCGCAUCGUCCUUGAGCACGCCACCACCGCCGAGGCGGUCGAGUGUGUUGCUUCCCUGGGCCCCAACGUCGCGUGCAGCAUUACUGCACACCACCUCUGGCUCACCAUCGACACCGUCGCUCCCCAGCCGCACCACUUCUGCAAGCCCCUCGCCAAGGAGCCGCGUGACCGCAAGGCACUGCAGGGUGCCGUGCGCUCUGGAAACCCCAAGUUCUUCAUGGGCUCCGAUUCCGCACCCCACCCGUCGGCGUCCAAGAUGCCUUCUAUUUCCGAGGCCGGCGAGCUCCACUCGUGCGCGGCGGGAUGCUACACUUCCCCCUACCUUAUUCCGCUCGUCGCUACUCUCCUCGAGAGCUUCGGUGCGCUCGACAAGCUCCAGGGCUUUGUGAGCGACAACGGGCGCGCGUUCUACAAGAUCCCUGCCAAGGCUGGGGAGGAGGUCGUUAUCCGCCGCCCGGCUGUGGCUGUCAAGGUGCCCUCCAAGCUCGAGGGACACGGGAACGAGGUUGUGCCCUUCUGGGCUGGGCGUGAGCUUGGUUGGGAGAUUGUCAACUAG